AUGGCGGCAAAGAAGGUCCUCAUCGUCAUGUCCGAUGCCCACUCUUUCCCCCUCUACAACACCGGGAGCGAGGGCAAGACCGUCAGCCAGGACUCAGGCUACUUCCUUAUGGAACUUGCAAAGCCUCUGCAGAAGAUUCUUGACGCCGGUUACGAGGUCACAUUUGCUUCGCCUGAGGGCAAGGAACCGCAGCCAGACCCGCUCAGUACAUCUCUUCUCGCGUUCGCAGGCAAUGUGUAUGAGCGUCAGCGGGAGCAGGACCUUAUUGAGCGCAUGAAGCGCGAGAACGGAUUCUCCAGCCCGCGCAAGUUCUCAGCCAUCAACGACGAGGAGCUGAAGAGCUAUGCUGGUGUGUUCAUUCCCGGCGGUCACGCACCACUUUCAGACCUUGGCGACAACUCAGAGCUUGGUCGCAUCCUAUCUCACUUCCACCAGCAGCAGAAGCCUACAGCGGCGCUGUGUCAUGGCCCGUGGGCGUUCUUGUCAACUAAGGCUGGGCCGCAGAAGGAGUUUGCGUACAAGGGUUACAAGCUUACUUCGUGGUCGGAUGCAGAGGAGAGCUUCAUGGAGACGAUGCUUAGGGGUGAGAUCGACAAGGUCGAGGGUACGCUGAGAGAGAAUGGUGCAGAUAUGCAGGAGGGUGUUGCCAAGAGUAUGGGGAGCAUCACGGUCGAUCGUGAAGUCAUUACAGGCGACAACCCGAUGUCUGCGAAUGCCAUUGGCGACAAGUUCUUGGAGAUGAUGGCCGCGAAACAAAGAAGAACGCUCUGA